AUGUUCCCGACUUCCCUCCUGCAGCAAGUGCAGCAGGUCCUCUCUCAGCCCUUCAAACGCUCUCAGUUUGGCCUUUUCCAAGGAAAAAACAAGCAAUACGGGAAUAACGUCCCCUUCUCAAAGCACAAAUCACGGAGGACAUGGCUUCCAAACGUCCAACAAAAGCGCAUUCCAUCCGCAACUCUAGGGAUGCCCAUUAGAGUCAAAUUGACGACAAGGGCGUUAAAGACGAUUAAGAAGCACGGUGGCUUGGAUAAAUAUGUUGAGAAGACCCCGGCCGUGCUCUUGGGCCAUGAAGGAAUGAGGCUACGUCUUAUGUUGAGGGACACACGAAAGGAGGCGAAGGAUGUUAAAGAAGCAAGAAGAAAACCGCCUCCGGAAGAUUCAUUGUUGGCACGAAGGCUGGAUCUAUUGAAGCAGAAGAGAAUGCUAGGUGCUCGCAAACUCACUGACAAGGUGCAACAUACGCUGGAGUCGGCUAGGAUGGCGCGAGAGGAGGCUACCAAGGCUUUGGGGCUGACGAGUCUGGCAAGUCCGGAGCAGACGAUGCAGUAUUUGAGAACGAAGAGGGUCAAAUAG